GAUUCCCCCGAAUAAAGAAAUGCUUCAGUGAAACAUCAACACUUUCCUUGCAUGUUUUGAUUUCUCAAUGAUUUUAUGUCAAGUGGCAAUAGAGCGAGAGCGAGAAAGAGAGAGAUGAGCAACUUUGGCAUUUCAUUAGUGAACAGUGGGAACAGGGAGAAAUAGAAAAAAGAAGCAUCUCUUUUUAAUUUUGUGUGACAAUGAUGCUGCAUGAUGAUCUCUAAAUUGGAUCUGGUAUAUAAUGUCAUGAACUCCAUGUGUUUGGCAACAAACGCUCGAGACAAGCAUUCGAUAACACACGCACAUCUAAAGUUUGCCAUCCCGUAACAUUUAAGCUUUGGUUUAACAUAAUGAAGGUAUUUGUGUGUUUGUUCGCCUUGAUGGCCGUGGCCAAUGCUGGCUUGUUGAAUGGUCUCUUGGGUGGCGGUGGAGGAGGCGGUGGCUCUGGUUAUUCUGGUCAUGGUCAUAGCCAUGGUGGAUCCGGUCCGGUGUAUAAAAUAAAGGUUGUGUCUGAACACUCGGCCUCCUCCGGUGGUGGUCAUGGUGGUCAUAGUGCUCCACAAAAAGUCAUUAAAGUAAUUCAUCAACAUGCAUCAUCAUCUGCUGGUCACGAUCAUGGUCACGGCCAUGGACACGCUGCUGCAGCUCCUCAAGUAAUCAAAGUUAUUCAUCAGCAAUCAUCUCACGGCUCAGGUGGCCAUGUAAGUGCACCCGCUCCCGUACAAAAAGUUAUCAAAGUUGUACAUAGCCAUGCCGCCUCAUCUUCUGGUGGAUCUCAUUCUGACGGUGGUUAUGAUUAUGCUCCUUCUGUUGAAUCUCAUGCUUCGGCCGAAAAAGUCAUUAAAGUUGUACAUCAACAGGAAGCUUCUUCCCAUGGACAUGGCCAUAGCCAUGGUCAUGGUCAAGCUCAAUCUCAAGCUGCCGUCAAGACCAUUAAAGUAAUCCACUCAUCUGAAGGUCACUCUGCUGGUGGUCAUGCUGCUGGCCAUUCAGCUGGUGCCGGUCAUCAGGAACAAACCAAAGUUCUUCGCGUAAUUCAUGAGCAUGUUUCAAGCUCGGCUGUUGCUCCAUCCACUUCAUAUUUGGCACCACAAGCAGAGGCUCAUGUAUCUCUUCCUGAACCAUCCUAUUUGGCACCCGCAUCUUCCAGCUCUGCAUUCAGUUCUUCAGCUGCCCAAUAUAGUGCUCCAGUUCAAUCUGCUGGCCCAACUUCUUCGUACUUGCCACCUGUACAGGAACCUGCUCAACAUUUCCAUGCUCCAGCUCCUCAAUACAGUGCCCCUGCUCCAGCUCCCCAGUACAGUGCCCCUGCUCCAGCUCCUCAAUACAGUGCCCCUGCUCCAGCUCCUCAAUACAGUGCCCCUGCCCCAGCUCCACACUACAGUGCCCCUGCUCCAGCUCCACACUACAGUGCCCCUGCUCCAGCUCCACACUACAGCGUCCCUGCUCCAGCUCCUCACUACAGUGCCCCUGCACCAGCUCCUCAAUACAGUGCCCCUGCCCCAGUUGUUUCCCCAUCCACAUCAUAUUUGCCACCUGUACAUGAACCCGCACCCCAUUUCCAUGCUCCCGCUCCCCAAUACAAUGCCCCAGUUGCCCAGCCCUCAUUUGUUGCCCCAGAACCUGUUCCCCAACACGUUCCAGCUCAAACGUAUGGACCACCUCAAUAUUAGGAACUUUCUAGAAAAUUCCUCCAUGAGGAAAUACUUAAAGGCCAUAUAGAACAUAACAAGCGGACUACAACACAAAACCUCAUUUUGUAGCUGCCCUGUUACAUGCAUUUUAGAUUUAGUUAAUGUUAUUAGUAAUAGUUAGCGUUAAACAAUAAAAGCAACAAAAAUAUAU